ACUCAAUCAAUGAUGUUGUGAUUGUCACAUUUCACUUAAACAUAUACCCAGUCAUUCAUUUUACCCAAAUCCAAUCUCUUCAUCCAACUAUAAACCUUUUGCCAAUACAUCCACCAUGGUCCUCACUGCGAGAGGGAAGGAGAUGAUAUGCAUCGUGUCGGUGCUGGUCGGUCUCUCCUUUAUUGCAGUCAUACUGCGUGCGUUCGCCAGACUGAAGCGACGAGUACGCUUUGGCGUUGACGACUAUCUUUCCUUUGCGUCAAUUAUACUCCUCCUCGGCAUGCUGAUCGAACUGGGGCUCUGGGUGACCAUCGGAGGCAACGGAGCCCACCAAAACAGCCUGAAUGUUGACACCAUGAUGAACUUCUACAAGAUCUUCCUGGCCAACCAAUUCACCUACUUCCUCCUCUGCCCGGCCAUCAAAAUCUCGAUCAUCUGUUUCUACCGCCGGGUCUUCACAACCAAGCCCUUCCAAUGGAUCACCCUGGGGAUCAACAUCCUGAUCACCCUGUGGGGGAUCGCCAUCUUCCUGGCCUGCGCGCUGCAGUGCCGGCCGCUGCGCGCCUACUGGGACCACAGCGUAGCCGGGCAAUGCCUGGACGGGAUGACGCUGAUCAUCACGAACCAGGCGUUCAACGUGCUGAUGGACUUUGUGAUCUUGGUGCUUCCGAUCCCGAUGAUCUGGGGGCUACACCGCGCCUGGCAGGACAAGCUGGCGCUGAACGGGGUGUUCGCGCUGGGCGCCUUCGUCUGCUUCGCCAGCAUCUACCGGAUCGUCGUCCUCUUCUGGAUCGACAACGCCGACACCACCUACACCGUCUACCAAGCCACGCUGUGGACCCACGUCGAGCCCUCCAUCGGGCUCAUCUGCUCGUGUCUGCCCAUCAUCCGCGGCCUGUUCCCGCGCUUCAAGGUCCCCAGCCACCGCCGCUACCGCUCCGCCCCUUACUACAUCCCCACCGACGUCAGCACCUCGCAGUUCGUCGUCUCCACCGGCGCCAAGUCAUCCCCUAGCGGUGCUGCUGCGGCGGCGGCGGCGGCAGCCUCCGACUUCUACAAAAUGGAAGAAGGCCUCGGCUCGCGCUCCACCUCGACCGACGAGCGCGACGGCUCAACCUCGUCCAUCUUCGCGCCGAACCACUACAACCACCACCACCACCCCAUGGACAUUACCGUGCGCACGGAUAUCAAGAUCAGCGAGGAUAGCUCGAACGGUCGUGCAUAAGAGACCUUGCAGACUUCGCUAGAACCUCAACCCAGCAACCUCGGCUAAAACUUUCAACGAACCAGUCAGCACCCAGGCGCAACACCCGAGACAGAAACGGCAUCACUGAUCACGCAUGGGUUACCGCGCCAUCUGCCCUCAUGGCGUCAGUGUCGAGAUGUCAAUCCCAUCACGAAAAUCCACAUAUAAGGCUGAACCGUGUUACCCGGUUCGCGUCGCCAGGGGUCUGAAACACCUUGCAUCCAAUCAGCUCCCGCGCUGCGUCGAGAUGUCAACCGAUCACGAAAAUCCACCCCUAGGGCUGAAGCUCC